CAUUAUAGUAUAUAUCCGAAGACCGUGAGCAAGAGAGAGAGAAAAGAAAAAAAAACUGACGCCUUUUCAUGCUGGAUUGUUAGCACUAAAGUAUAAUUUGCUACACUGCGAUUAUAGAUCCCCAUGUGACCGAAUAGCAGUCUGUUACUCACCAAUCUUCUGUGUGCUUGAACAUAAAUUACCUGUGAAUAAUUAAAAUCAGUAAAUAUACAUCACAAUAUAAAGUAGAAUAAUAUAAGUGUUAAUAAAAAUAAUAAUAAAAUGGGAUCGAAAAUUAAAAAAAAAGUUAAUGACCCAAGUGAUUUAGCGGUUAAUAUUAAUGAGCUGUGCCGACUGUGCUUGGCCAGGGAGGAAACAAUGGUGCCGAUUUUCGAUGGAGAUGAUGACGACGUACCUAUACCGCUUCGAUUAAUGGCUUGCGUCAAUAUAGAGGCUUAUAAAGGAGACGGGUUGCCAACGAUGAUAUGUAAAUUAUGCAAGCAUCAGUUGGACAAAGCAUAUCAGUUCAAGAAAAAAAGUGAAGAUGCUCACACCAGAUUGCAGAAGCACAUGAAAUUAGUACAAAAAUUAGAUAAAAUAGAUACCGCAGACAGUAAUGAUGAUUCUGAAAGUUAUUCAUUAUCAGGAAAAACACGGGAAAGUAACCAGAAUAAUUUGAAUUCAGUAUCAUUUGAAGAUCACCAGAGUAUCGAUGAUCCAACUGAAGCUCCAGAAGAAGGAUGUAAAGAUAAUUAUGAACCAAAAAUGAAGACUAAGCUUAUGGAUACUGGAAGUAUGAAAAAAGAGUCAUCGAAUAUUAUUUUGAUGUCAUCAGAAGAGUACGACGAAAUUGUUGAGAGUCAAAGGAAAGCUGCUAAUUCCAACAAAAAAAAUGUCUAUAUGAUGGAAGUAACUGGUCACAGUACUGGAGAUUCUGAAUCAAUGAAACUGCAACCUGUUGAAGAGAAUGUAGACGAUGACAAUGAUGAAAUAAAAGUAUUCAAAUGUGACAAAUGCCCAAAGGCAUUCACUCGACUUAUGAUGCUCAAGAGCCAUCAGUCUGUUCAUUCAACACAGAGAGGAGUAACUUGCCAGGCUUGCGAAAAAUGGUUCCCAACUCGAUCUGCACUUAUUAGACACGAACGUACUCAUACUGGUGAAAAACCAUUUGGGUGCAACAUUUGUAACCGUGCAUUCGCUCAGAAAGAAAUUUUGCUCCGGCACUUAAUGACUCAUUCAGGACAAAAACCUUACCAGUGUCAGGAUUGCGAUAAAAGUUUUACUCAACGUGAAUCGUUGAGAGUUCACAUGCGUCGUCAUCAAAAACUCGAUCCCAAUGAAAUUCAACUGCAUCAUUGUCAGUUGUGUCCUAAAGCUUUUUGCCAUGCGUCUGGUCUAAGUCGACACUUGGUGACCCACACUGGCAGAACUUACAAAUGUGUUACAUGCGAAAAAGCAUUUACUGAUAGAAGUUCACUGUUAAGACACAGUCGUAUUCAUGCAUUGUAUGUAACCCUUAUAAAAUACAACCAUGCUGUGACGAAAAAGACGUAUGCAAGAACAUGGGAGGUGAUAUUAGGUAUAAGUUGCCGUACUACUUAUGAAUGUGCAGUUCGCAAUUCUCAGUGCAUUGGCAAUAUUUGUCAAUGUAGCCCAUUAUAUAUACCAAGCUCUACUAAUAAAUGUAAAAGACAAGACUUGGGUGAGUCUUGCAAAAAUCACACCGAUUGUUACGGAGUUAGAUUUGCAAAAUGUUCAAAACAUCAAAAAUGUAUUUGUGAUGCUAAUUAUCUUGCAAUGAAUAAAACAAUGUGUCAGCCGAGUUUAGGUGGAUUUUGUCUUAAAAACGAACAAUGUGUUGCCCUACAUUCGAUCUGUAUUCAAAACAAAUGUCAGUGUCAUAUUGAUUACAGUCCCGUACCCGAAGAACAUCGCUGUGUUCGCACAUCAUUAGGAAAAUUUUGUGAAUCAAAUGCAGACUGUAAAGUUAUAAAGAAUUCGAAAUGCUCAGGGGAUGUAUGUGUUUGUAAUGACGAUAACUUUACAUUCAACCGAUCGACAUGCAUACCAAUUAUAAAUGGAUUUUGUUCGAGUGACGAAUCAUGUGAAUUUCAUGGAUUUCAUUGUGUUGAUAAUAAAUGUCAAUGUAAACCAAAUUUUGUAUUAGUAUCUCCUGAUACUUGUAUCGAAAAACUGUUACUGUUUUCUUGCAAUGAUACUUCAGAAUGUAGUGAACCAUGGCAUUCAUUUUGUUCAAUUGAUAAAAAAUGUGUUUGUAACUUGAAUAAUAUUGCGUUAAGUAGAUCAUCAUGUUCACCUAUUUUAGCUGGAUAUUGUUGGAAAAAUGAUCAGUAUAUUAAAAUGAAAACGUACAGUAGAAAGAAGGGUGAUAGUCCAAGUAAUGUAAUAAUUCACGUAAAUGAGCUGUGCCGACUGUGCUUGGCCAAAGAGGAAGAGAUGGUGCCGAUUUACGAUGAUGACGCCGUUCCUAUGCCACUGCGAAUUAUGGCUUGCGUUAAUCUUGAGGUUUAUGAAGAAGAUGGUUUACCAAACAUGAUAUGUCACCCAUGUAAAUACCAACUAGAGAAGUCGUAUCAAUUCAAAAAAAAAUGUGAAGCUGCUGACACUAAAUUACGUAAGCAUAUGAAAUUGAUACAAAAAUUGACUGGUCAAGAGGACGAAUUAGAACCGCAGGAGGGCAAUGAAGAUUCGGAAGGUGAUACAGUAUCAGGAAAGUCACGACAAGUCAAACAACUUCUUGCUGAUUUGGUAUCAACCAAAGGCGACGGUACUCAAAUCGACGGCGAUCCAAUAGAAGUUACAGAGGAAGAAUUAGUUGGUGGUUACAUACUAGGAAUGGGGGCUGAAAAUUUGGAUGUAGAAGAAAAUAUAUCUGAGGGACCAUCAAAUAUAACUUUGGUACCAUCAGAAGAGAAAGCAGCCAAAGCACGUUGUACAAUCCGCGCUACUCGUAUCAAACAGGAACACGAGUCUGAUGAGGAAGCUGAUGAGGUUCAAAGAGCAAUUGCUAAUGCUGAUAGAAAAAAUGUUUACAUGAUGGAAGUAACUAGUCACAGUGCUGGACAAACUGAAUCGAUGAAGUUACAACCUGUUGAAGACACAAUGGUUGAUGCCAAUGAAGAAUUGAAAGUUUUCAAAUGUGACAAAUGUCCAAAAGCUUUUACUAGACGUAUAAUGCUUAAGAGUCAUCAGUCUGUUCAUUCGACUCAGAGAGGAUUCACUUGCCAGGCUUGCGAAAAAUGGUUCCCAACUCGAUCUGCACUUAUUAGACACGAACGUACUCAUACUGGUGAAAAACCAUUUGGGUGCAAUAUAUGUCACCGUGCAUUCGCUCAAAAAGAAAUUUUGCUGCGCCAUUUGAUGACUCACUCAGGACAAAAACCCUUCCAGUGUCAGGAUUGCGACAAAAGUUUUACUCAACGUGAAGCAUUGAGAGUUCACAUGCGUCGUCAUCAAAAGCUCGAUCCCAAUGACAUUCAACUGCAUCAUUGUCAGUUGUGUCCUAAAGCUUUUUGCCAUGCGUCUGGUCUAAGUCGACACUUGGUAACCCACACUGGCAGAACUUACAAAUGUGUUGAAUGCGAGAAAUCAUUUACUGAUAAAAGUUCGCUGCUAAGACACAGUCGUAUUCACGCACCCAAAAAAAUGUAAUAUUAAUUAUAAUCAAGAUAUUUUUUCUUUUAUUUCAUUUUAUAUUAUCCACUAUUAAUUCAAACGAUAAUCAUUGUAAUGUUUAAUGUUAUUAUAUAAGUAAUAUAUUACUUGAGACAUAUAUAUAUAUAUAUUAGUAUCUAAAAAAUCAAUUGAAAAAUUAUGUCUCUCACGAUUUAUUUUAAUAGCAACCGACAAUUAUAAUCAGUUUGUAAAUUAUAAUGUAUAAAAUUAAGAGAGCUAAAAUUCUACACUUUUUAUUUUAUUACUGCAAUAGAAUUUUAAAAAAAAAAUUAUUGAAGUAAAUAAAUUUAGAUAUAAUUUCAUAUAUUUUUUUUUCUCAAAGAAAAACAUUUGUAUAAUUACGUAAAUUAAAACUUUUUUUUACAUGUUAUGAAUAUAUAUACAUAUAUAUUAAGGUGGCCCAAAAAAACCGACUAUUUUUUUUUUCGAGUCUCUUGAAAAUUUGUUUCAAAUUUCGAUCAUUUUUGAUAUUUUCAAAAUUCAUGAGCGACCUCUUUAAAAUUUUUUAUCGAGCUGAUUUUUGGAGAGGCUUCUUAAAACAUCGUAAACAAACAAAUUUUCAUAAACUCGAAAAAAAAAUAGUCGGUUUUUUUGGGCCACUCUAAUAUAUAUGCAUAUAUAUAUUUGAUAAGUUUCAGAUAUAAAUGUAGAUUAAACUAUUCAGUUAUUGUAGAUUUAAAAAUAAAAAUAUUGUCACUAAUGA